GUAAUGUUUAUCCUUAUACCUCGUCUGUGGUGCAGUUAUAAAAACCAUUGAAUAUCACGAUAUAGAUGGGUAUAUUGUUUCUUAAAAUGUAUACCGAAAAAAAAGAGGGAGGAAAAAGGCUUCAUUAAAUACUUAUUUAAAUCCUUGUUCUAAGCAAUAAGACCUAUCCACAUUUCUUAAACUUAUAUAAAUAUCAAUAUAAGCAAUACAAUGUAAAUAUCUUAAUGCCAAACAUAGUUAUUUAAAAUUUAUAACUACGCUUCUAUAUUUUUUCUCCUUUUAUUGUUUUUGAGCAUAUAACUUUAAUGAUAUUGUGUUCUAAAUAUUUUAAGGUUAUGUUAUAUUUGUGGUGAACAUAUGAUAAUGAUAGAAGAAAUAAAUAAUAACACGACCUUUGAACGUUGUAAUAAUAUUUAUAGUGCAGUAAUGUAUUUUGUUGAAAGUAGUGUCUGCUGAUAUAUAAAUAUACAAGUCGGCAAUAACAUGGCUUCAGCAAAAGAUGAGGAAAAAACCGUUUUAGAAGCAACUACUGUUUUUUUGCUAAUGAAAAAAGGUUUUCCUAUAUCCCGAAAUGUGAGGGCUCAGUGGAUGUUAGAACAUUUAGAUACGGUGAUAAGUAUUCAAUGUCAAACUUCCAAACAGAGGGAAGCAGAGGAAUUGGAAAUUGUAUCUGUGUUGCCAAAAAAUAAACCCGAAUCUUGGUCAGCUAAAACAAGUCAUCAGUUUCUGUAUAAAGUGACAUCAACGACAUCAAUAACAUUUUUGGCGCACAAAUACAGAAUGGUGCUUAAUUUAGACCUGAGUCCUUCUCUUGCAACUGUUGAUAUACAACAUGGUGAAAUUGUUAUAGACGAGGUGUGUGUAGCAACAAAACAUUUCUUGGAGGGUAUUAUCAAACCUUUUAUCAUUCCAGGAAGUAACAGAAAGAUGCAACCAGAAAUUUAUGUGACUGUAAUAGCUCACACACCUUUUUUCAUAAGUCCUGCACAACCAGUUUUGGUACAAGGUUGGUUAGUGACUACAAGCAAUGUUAAUCAAUUGACAAAUCUCAUAGAAAAACAGCUUAAUAUACUAGAAGAAAAGGUUGCAUCUGUUACUGCUAUUGCUAGUCAACAGUUAGAAAAUCAACGGGCGGAAAGUGAACGUUUAGUGGGAGGACUCUUUGAAGAAAGCAGCACCUGUUUAAAUAAAAAUAGUGGUAGUUCUGCUGCAAAUACUUCUAUAAUUUCUCCCGAAUCAACAUUUGUAAAUAUGUUGCGGUAUGGUAUGCUAGCGCUGACGCUUCUACCGGAACACAGUUGCGCACAUAUGAUAAUUGUGUCCGAUGGUAUUAUAGGAACUAGUGAUGUUCAUGUGUUAGAUUCUGUUAUUCAGCAAUUACGUGCAACAACAGUUGCAUGUAGUUUCCUACAUGUUGGAAGUACGUACCAUCCACACUCUGCUGAUGGUUUAGUUCCAUAUCAAGAUCUAUUAUUUUUCAUUGCCAGAGCUACUUUAGGCACUUACAUGUCCUUCAUACCACGUGUUGCACAUUUAGAUGAAACAGAAGUAAAUACUUACCAUAAAAAUUUUUUAUGGUGGCAGUUAUACCGUGAAGUACUUUGUGAUGAUUUGCCAUAUUACCCGAAUUGGCAAUCUAAAAACACAUUAUUUUACGAACAAAAGUCUACUCAACUUCUACAGAAAAAGCAAAUAGAAGAUAAAGUCACAUGUACGUUAAGCAGUUUACUAUGUUGUCGGCUUCGAGAAGGAUAUUUAAUAAAACGAGCUAAUGUAAGAGACGAUAUGCUUGAAAUCUGUUUUGUGUUGCUGUGGAAGUCUAGUGUUUCAUUGGAGUAUGUAGUGAUGUGCCCUUGGUUCACAAAAUCAUUAUCUGUAUCUAAUACAAUACAAUAUACAAUUACUAUUGAAGCUCCAUAUGAUUUUCUUCACGAUAUUACAUGUUCAUCGAAAAAGCCAUUAAAAUCACAAUAUCGGCAGAGUGUCGUAAAUCAUUUUUGGGCCGCACUAACGUCAUUAACAGAAAGCGAUGCUAUGCUUGCUCAUUUCAGUUGGUUUCCUGAAUUUGGCUGGACUUGGUACAGUGUACCAGAUACAAUUAGAAGCGGCAUGCCAGUAUUUUAUUCGUCAGCUUACCCUUCACCUAGCAAGGUGCAACUUAGUGAUGCAGCAUGUCCACAGUUCGGACAAAUAUGGCAGCCUGUGGUAUCUUUGAAUCCAUUACAAUGGGCACGUUGGAUGCAUACGCAAAGAGUGACAUUAAUCUUGUCUCACGACAGGCCACUGCCGAAACACUUACAUCAAGCAAAUCAAAGUGGCCGGUUUCAGAGCGUCCAAUGUCGUCAGGCAGCCGCAGUACUUUAUGCCAUGUUAAAAAGCUGGGCAACGUUUGUGCUCGUUGAAAACCAUACAUAUGUGCAAUUUAUUUACAAGGAAAUGGAGAAACCUCCGGUUUCAUUUUCAUUGAUUCGUAUUAAUUGUAAAGGUCUUUGCGUGAUCCUAAACAUUGCGUUUGCUGCGGGUACAGAAGGUGCUGUUCGACAUAAUGUCGUUAUCGAUCUCCUAGAUCGGCUCUCGAAAUUAACUUUACCAAAUAGACCAACAGGACAAAGAGAAACACCUUCUUGUACAAUUAUACACAAAUCUUUAGAAAGAAUUUUAAUUAGAUACGAGCGAAUGCCAACUGACUUGAAUUCAAUUGUAUUUCCCGAUGGAACUCAAACGAAUUUAACAAAGUCUGUGAUAAGUCCUGGAGGAAUGCUGACGACUAGUUUAUCUCGAUACUUACAUUACAAUCGAUGGCUUUGGCAUAUAAAGCGUCCACUUGUGCAAACCAUACCAGGAAUUACACUACCAAGAUUGAACAUAACUGCCAUUGCAAGAAUUCUUUCCACAAUUUCAAGAAUGCGUUUGGCCGAAGGAUUCAACUUUACUUAUUCAGCAGCAGGUAUUUUAAAUAUGGUGCUUGAAGUACAAAUGCAAGGUGUUGAUAAGAGUGAUGGAUCUUACCCAUGUAUUAUUCAAUAUAUUUUAUUUCCACCGCAUGUUAUAUCAAGUUCGGUAUUGGAACGUGAUAGUGUUUCUGAAGAAGAUACUGACGAAGGUACGGUGGAUGGCGAAGUAAGCAUCGAUGAAUCUGAAAACUUUGGUGAUUUUCAAAUUAUUUCUGAAAUUUGGAUUGAACCACAAUGUGGAUUGGUACAAUUACCUAUACAGUCUGCAGCAAGUUACAUGCACCUCUUACCGUACCACGAACUUCCAGAAGCGAUUGCUCGAGUAGACGAAGGGUGCAUCAACGCAUUAUUAACUUUAGAGUAUUUAAGUUUGUUGAGUCAAGUAGUACCGAACGAAAAAAGUAGUGACAUUAUAUAUGGACAAGUACAUCAAGAUAUAAAGUUAUCAAAAAAAAAUGUCAGGAAUAUCAAGAAUAAUGACUGCAGUGCUGAAGAAUUGUAUCAAAGUGUACCAAUCAUUGAUGAAAAGAUACAUCCGAUGCAUUUCUUUUUCGAUACAUUAAAUAUUUUACCAAAAUGCCAACAGGCUGAGCUUUUAUUCUCUAUGUUCACUAAUGGUUCGAAUACCAAACAUGAAGGUCAAAACGGUGCGAAUAGGAUCCUGAUGGAUAAUUUUUUGGAGCAUAUAAAACAGUUGCAUAAUAAAGAACUUCUAUUAACGUCCGCAGAAUCUCAAAAAUUUGCAUUAAUGCUCUUGAAUAGACCUCGGGACGGUGGACCAAAUUUAAGAUUUUUUUCUUUGAAAGAAACGCUUUCAGAAAAACAUGGCUACUACAGGGAGCAGUAUUCCUAUCCACGUUGGAAAUGUUUCAUUAAAGGAAUUAGUACAACACAUGUGGUCAUUACAGUUUUACCCGCAUCGGAAAAAGAUGUACGUUUAUUCAAUUCACCUACGUACGCAGAGGAUUCCCCCAUGAGCAACAAUUCUGAGAAGAAUCAUAAAUCCUCUGGUAAGGACGAAGACUUUCAAAGUUUCGAAGAAAAUCUUGUUAUUCCUGUUUACAUUUACGACUGUUCAUUGGCCUCGUUAAUCGACACGUUAACCGACAAACUAAAAAUAUCACAUAACAAGGAUAUCUAUCAAGACCACACAUUUCGGAUUGGUCAGCAAGAGGAAAAAGAUUUCGUUGAAUUAAAAUCUGGUUGUAAUUCGAAACCUUCAUCUCCAGAAUCAAAAAGUGAAGACUCUGAUAAUACUACAAGUGAUCAACGAAGUCUAACGAAGCAUUGCAAACGGGUGAGUUUGGCACACUGUCAUUGUUACGUUGUUGCUGUCUAUAAAUCGUUAGUACUGCAACAACCCCUUAGUUAUGAAGAUAUGGAGGCUGCUGUAGAACAAUGCGAGGAGACAUUAAUUGAGAUUGACGUAACAAAUUAUUUACGAUGCGUAUGCAGACAUUUGAAUAAAUUAUCAGAAAAUGAUACGCUAGAUCAGUUACAAUAUUCUGCAUGCGACGAUGUUAAACCGUUACAUGACUUAAUCAGGGAAAAAUUUAAGAGGAUAAUGACGGUUGCAUUCAGACCAGUCCCCGCACACCCCGAAUUCUAUUACUGCUCACCAAAUUGGAUAGGGAAUAAAAUGGACGUUUCUGAGUUUCAAAGAUCGGAUAGUGAUGAUGAAUUUGAAAAUUUCUUCUUCCAUUCGACAAGUGUUGAUUCCAUGUCAGACAAUCAUCAUAAGAAAGUUCAGUCAGAAAAGCUAGUAUGGCCUACCAGGAUUACUCCUAGAAUGUCAAAAGUGUCGAGUCAUGACUCUGUGGAAUAUCUGUCGAGUACUAUUCAAGAAGAAAAUAUUUGCGAGAAAGAACAACCUCUCUUCUUGCAAUUAAGUUGUUCUAUUCGAUUUCAAUUUAGAUCUGGUCUGAAUAGUGUUCCAGUUGAAACUCUACCAACAUGUUUCGUAGAAAUCUCACAAAAAAUGGAGGAUUACACGGACAAGAGUGUAACAGAUGUAAAGCCAUCUGAUUUGAAAAUUACUUUGGACAUCAUCUGCUUAAAUCUUCCAAGGGAGGUAUUGGAAAUAAGUUUGGAACACUAUCCUGGUUUGAGGACAACAUCAUUUUGUAGCGGUUCUCCUAUUGGCAGUUUGCGAACAGAAAGCGGAAGUAGUUCAGAAAAUAACACUAGAAGUGAAUUCUUUCAGGAGAAAAUGGCUCACCUUCCUUUGAAUCAACAUAGCGCAAUAAAUAACUUAAAAGAUGAAAUUGAAUGGCUUUUGCAAGAUGAAACUACAACCGCGCUAUUGGAUCGGUCCUCUGUCAACGUGGAGAUUUUAAAUUUUGUAGCGGAUCACGUUUCAGAAUCAGCGGAUAGGUUUAGUUGCAAAUUGGAAAAAGUUCCUUUGCAUUUUGUAUUUCCCUCGGAAGAAAGCAAACCAAAGUUUCUAAACGAAUUAAAGAAAUUAGAAAUUGACAAAUAUCGUAUUCAACAAGAAGAGAAGUUCUUCUAUUUCGUAAAAAAUGUGGAACGAGUGUCGCCUAUAAUAAUCCAAAAGGAUUCGAAUAACGAAAAAGAAGAAUCAAAAGUUAAAUAUGAUAAUGUUAUAGAGACAUCGGAGAAAAAAGAUUUACAAACUAGUGACGUAAAUAGUAGUGUUGCUGAAAAUACCAGUGGAAAUCACGAUUUUGAAGAUUCUAAUAUAACAGAAAGAAAAUCUGAUUUGACCGAUGAACACAAAGGACAAUAUAAUUCAGAGCGCGGUUUUAAGUGGCUAAAAGAUCUGGAUAAUCGUGAUAGCUUUUUACCAAAUUUUUGGUUAAUCUUGAAAGUAGAAAGUGAUUAUGUCAACGUUUACUUCCAUUGCAGGUUCUUAGAAAUCACAUCGGCAGAAGUAAGCAGUUAUUGGCAUACGCAGAAAACGUUAAUUGAUCAAAUAAAAAGUACCUGUCGUCAAGUAAAUCAAUAUUUACUUUUGCAAAAUCUUCAUAAGACAAGUAAAUGUUCGGAAUUACUAGAAACUGAAACAAGUGAAGACUACAAUUGGAAAUCAGAAACUGCAAAUGAAUUUAGUAACACUGUACAGAACAGAGAUUUAGCCCAAAGUUUCACCCCUGGCAUGUUUCGAUGUCGAGUAGUCUGGGAAUUCACCUUCCGGUUACAUCCCCGAUUGAAAACUGGACCUGGAAGGUCCGGAUUGUCACGGGGUAUAAAAGCGUUGCACGGAGUUUUAAACAGAUUCGCCGUGACUAAUCGCAGUAACAUGUUCGUGUAUCAAGAAAAUAAUAAAAAUGUUUUUUAUCUAAGACUUCACGAGCAAAUAAGCGAUGGAAAAAUGUUACAAAAUAAAUUAUCGGAAAGUGAUGAAAAGCUGGUUGUCUCUCGAAGCAACAGCGUAGUUUCACUGUCACAGACAAAAUUACACGAUAACAGCACAACGAAUGAUACACGGCCCAGAGUUCGAUCUUUCAGUGAAAAAGAAUCGAACCUCUUAAAUAAAACUGAAGAUUCAAUCGUCUUAAUGGUACACGGAAUUUCAGAUGCUGGACCGGAAGUAAAACGCGACUUGGUACAAGUUUUACAAAAUCGUUUAGAUGAUGCGGUGUUAGAAGUUUUAACCGUUAUGUUGGCAAGGAAUCCAAUGUGUAAACUAACUCCCGCCGAUGUGCAUUUCAUUCAACCGCCAAAACCACCGGAAUACAUUAAACAGUUGUGUGUAGAAAAGCAUUGUAUACCAUAUAUUGGUGCAUUAGAAUUUUAUUUACGACAAAAUAUACUUCAAUUUUUACAUAUACCAAAGUAUACGGAUAAUAGGGCAGAAUAUCAUUUUCAAGAUUACUCACAACUGGAAGGAUCUACGAAAUGGGUUGCAGAAUCAGAUAUUUUUUUGUACAAUCAAAGUCCUUCUAGUGGUAGCAAAGGAAUCGCUUGUAUAGCUCUAGCAAUUACUGGUGAUGGAGGUGGAAUGAAAUCAUUGCAUAGUAAAUUAUCGGAAGAUAGUUUUCCAGAGAAUAUAAAACAGGAUGAUUUUGAAAAUAUCAUCGCGACAGCAGUUUUUGAUAAAAGAUCAACACCUUUGUCCUCGACAGUACUACCUUUAAUUGAAUUUAAAAUUUGGAAACAAGGCAAAGAUAAUGUGGAAGUUUUGUUGCAAAAACUGUGUUUGACAGUUAAACAUGCUAUUUGGGAUUUAGUGACGGAAUAUAAAUUUUUACCAGUUCCUUUGACAGAGCCGAUUCUGACAGUGAGUGAUAGUUCAGAAGUAUAUGCAGAAAACAAAAACACAGAGACAUCGGCUAAAGUAGAAGGGUUGCAAAGAAUGGGAUCAGAAUUAUUAAUUAAUCGAUUUGAUACAGGAGAAGAAGGAAAAUUACGUUCCACUUAUUGCGUCACAUUAUCUCAAUGGUUUCGCUUUGCUUUAGACAUCGGAGUUCCGUCAGUAAAAAAGCACGAAGUAAACAUUUAUCACAGACAUGCUGUACCUACUAUUGUCAGAGAAUUAGAAAUUCUUAUCCAAUGUCAAGCGCCGGAUACUUCUAGCAGAGCUUUUGUUUUGCAAGAUAAGCAACCUUUUAUCGAGAAAUUUCUUCUUAAUGAAGAGGCAGCGAACAAGACACAUGAUAAUCUUUCCUCACAAAAAGAAGAUAAUUUGAAUUUUCCACUUUAUAUACCUUGUGACUUUAAUAAAGACGAACAAGGAACCUAUACAGAAUGUAUUUUAAUUGCCAGAAACUUUGCUCAGUGGAAAGCUUCCGUGAACGGGAAAAUACAAUCGGAAUUGUUCGUCUCAAAAGAUCAAAAAGUACUGCAGAAGUUUAAUCCACUGAUAUUGGAAUCAAGUUUUGUGUCAAGACAACGAAUAUUACUUGCUGAAAUUCGAAAUGAUAAAAUAACACUUUAUAUGUAUAACUGGUCUAAAGAGAAAUCUGAGAAAUUGAUGAAACAGACUAAUAGUUUGGGAACAUGGCUUUCUUCAAGAUCGAAUUUUCUCAGAAACGUAUUAAUGCAUAAAUUAGGAAUAUUUCAUCACCGACCAAAUUUGAUGAGAGAAACAAAUUCCCACUACUUUCAAAUUACAGACAUGGAAAAUUUAACAAAAUUUUCUUCCGGAACAUACAGUGAUGAGAAAGAGUGGGUAAGAUCAAAUAACAGAGCACAGAACAUAAAACACAGUCAGUUUUCAUGGAACGAUGUACUCGGCCAAACAAUGCGUGAUGUCAAAUCAAACACUAGUUGCCAUAAUAAUGUCGAUCCAGUUACGAAAGCGGUUUGCGAUUUGCAAGAUUUACGACUGCGCGAAAGAAAAAUGAAAGAGGAUUUAAAUAAGUUAUACACGAUGUGGCAAAAUCGUAGUGCUGCGCCAAAUAUUCCGAUUUCUAUUAGUGCUUUGAAUACUUCCAAACAACAUUCACGACUAAUACACUUUUGUCAUACACCACUGUUAUUUUUACCUUCGUGGCGUUUACAAUCAGCAGCAACAAGAGAUCAUUCACUAGCCACACAAUCGUCACUGAAUGUAAACGUCAAUAUGCACCAACAGCAAUCGCAACAAGUGCAGACAAUUCAAAGUAAUCAAUCAGAUGUCAUAAAGUGGCAUCAAGAAUUGUGUACAUUGAUGUUGUCAGAAUACAAACAGUACCUUCAAAUAAUGGGAUUUGAUCAAAUUCAGAUGGAAUCUCCUGAUAAAAGUUGUGAAGAACAGACGCAGCAACAAUCACAUUACCUCAAAAAGUCAACGUUAGGAGGAGUAUUGCUGUUUGAAAUUUAUUUAUCGCAACCGUUUUUUAUUGUUAAGUUACAUAUUAUUGAAUGUAAUCGACUUCAAACCAAAACUAGUAGCGCAUUAGUUAAUCAGUUUCUAUUAAGCUUUGUUGAUGCCUGCGACAAAAUCAAGACUAAUAUGCAUCUACACUCGUUUACAUACGACUUCCACUUACGUUGUAUUCACUCGUACAUCGCUGGGAACGGAUCAUGGUCAUUGCAACAAGGAUAUCAUCUUAUUCAUUUUCUCGACGAUUUUAACAAAUAUUAUAGCAAAGCGCCGAACUAUGCUAGGAAUCUUAUAUACAGUGAUGUAGUGGCAAUCCGGAAUUUAACAAUACCAGGUCGUACUUUGUAUUCUUAUUUAUUGCUUCAUGAGAAAAGUUACAACAUGCGUGUAUUUGAAAUGAAAUGCGAUCAUCAAGAUUCUCAAGAAAGCGAAUAUGUUUUAGUUAAUUUGAAGAAUACGCCUUCAAUCAGUUAUUGUGAUGCACAAGAUACGAGAUAUACCGAUGACUUCGACGUUGCAUUAAUCGUAUCAUAUUUAGAACAAUCUAUGCAAAUGGAAAAAACAGGAAUUACUUUGAAGUAUUAUUUAAUGUUAACGAGUAAGAGAGAAUUAUAUCCAAAGGGGGAAGUAGAAAAUAAUAAACUCGGAAAAUUUCGGACUGUGUAUAGCAUCGAAAAACCUGUCACAAAUAUUCCUGCAGAAGCAAAGUCUGAAACAGAUAUUUUCCAAAAAGAGAUUUUAAAGGAAUUUCCAUCAGACAUUUAUGAACGUGAUCAAGAUGUCAGUGACAGGAAAAAUGACUCUAAAAUAUCUAACAUUAGUUUCAGUACUAAUAAUAAUAGCACUAGCGCACCUACACCACCACCUGUACCAAAUUCUCCAUUGACUCAAAAUGCAAAUCCUCCAAGUGUCUCAUUAAACUCAUCGUCGUCACAUUUGAUUCAAAUACGGCAAGAAUCAAUUAAUUACUUAGGGUAUUAUUCUUCGCACGAACAAUUAAUGCAACAGACAAUAAUGUCCCAGGCAAAUGAAGCUCGUAUUCAUAUAUUAAAUAUGAUAGAUAGAGGAGGUUUGCAAUGCAAAACACAUCUACUUUGGAAUAAAUUAUUGGAAAGUAAAUCCGCAAUGAUUUAUAAGGAAUUUGCUGAACUAUGUUCUUUGGCUCACGUGGAGCCAUUAUCAAAUUUAGAUUCAAGACUCCAGCCACUUAUAAAUCAACCAGUUUCAUGGUAUCAAACAUUAUCUAAAGUUUUACAAAACAAGUAUCAAGAUCAUUACAAACAAUUUAAUACUUUAGAUGGAAAUGUUUCGCAUCUUCUCAUAUUACAUCCAAGCUUCUUUCAAGCCUUCAUGAUGCUGACUAUAGAUCUACAUGCUUCAAAAGGGGCAUUGUAUGCAGUUUACUGUAAAUCGAAAGAAGCAAUUAAUACUCCAUGUUGCAUCGAAGACAUUUAUAAUUUAAUUGAAGGUUUUGUAAACGCAUGCUGUUUUCAUUUAUGGAUGAGCUUGUACAAUUAGAAAUAAUGCAGAUUCUACACGAACGAAAUUCAAAACAUGUCCCACCGUUUAUAUUCAUCUAGUAGAAGGAGAAAGAGAGGGAUAGCUUCAAAGUCUAAAUUUGUCCAAGUAUAAAAUUUUAUUCUUUGGAAUUAGAAUUAUUUAUCGCUAUUGAAAACUGUCAAUUUCAACAUUCAAAAUUUUUGUUAAAUAUAAUUUAUAUAAAAGAAUAUAUUUUCUUGUUAUAAAAAUAUAAGGCUUUCCAUCUUAUUGAUUCCUUACACCCUUUUCACAUUAAAUACAAUAAAACGUAAUAAGGAAAUACUAAAUUUAAAACUUUAUGGUUUGGUUUUACUGGAAAAUAAAGCACUUGGAAUGUGACUCAACGUAACCCUAUCAGGAUUUAAUACAAGCAUCCCCACCCCUUUUUCCCUUUAACCCCUUGCCCUAUGGUUUAUUUCUAAACUAUGAUGAGUACAACUAAUUUAUUAGGAAAAGAAAAAAUGUUUAUGCUUAUUCUAUAUCUACGUUUACUACAAAGGUUAACAAUUGA